AUGGGCGGUGGUGGUGGCGGCGGCGGCGGCAGUACAAUUGGCGGUGGCAGCGUGCUGGGCGGACACGGUACUCUGAUGAGCACAGCGGGUAUGAGCAAUAGUACGGUUGGCGGCGGUGGUGGUGUUGGUGUUGGGGCUCCUCCUGGCAGUAUGUUGCACGGUGGCGGUGGCGGUGGCAUGGGCGUACCAACGCCCGGCAAUAUGGGUAUGCCUGGCGUUUAUGGCAAUGGUAAUGGCGGUGGCGGUCCCGGUGGUGGUCCAAUGGGCCCCAUGGGUGGCAAUGGCGGUGGUAAUGGUCCCAGUACGGCACCCGGUUCGGUGAUCGAUUCUCGCGCGGUGUCCGUGGUCGUUACGUUGCCUGGUGGGCCGGGCGCGCAACACCCCGGGCAGGCGCUGAGCGACUAUGGUCCUAUAUAGUUAAUGGUACGGCCAGAUACAGCGCACUGGGUGUCGACGAGCAGUUUUUCGCAACUGUAAAUGCAAGCGAUUGCAGUGUUGCAAUUUUCUUUAAGUUUGCGCACUUUGGCGCUUGCGCCUUUAAACACAUCUGAAGUGUUAAUAUGAAUUGUAAAGUUACAACAACAAGGCGCCAUAUUAAUUUCUGCUAAUUUAUAGUUGUACAAUAAUAACAUAUUUAAAUACAUAAAUUUAAACGAGUAUGUAAUAAAGUAACGAGUAAGCAAGCUAAACUAUAUAAUUCUAGUCCAUUUUCAUUGAAAGAAAAAAGCAAAAAAAAAAAAUAUAUUAAAAAUAAAGAAAUGAAGGGUUAAAAAUUAAAAAUGUACGAGACAACAACAAAGCACAAUUUCUAUUAAAUAUCACUAAACAAAUUAAAGCAAAAAUAGUCAAUAGCUUAUAGAGUAACACUUGAACUUGCUACACCUUCUUUUCCAAAUAAAAAUGUUUAACAAAAAGCAAAGAGUUAAAAAAAUAGCAAAUGAAAGUGUUAAAAAGUUAGGAAAAAGUAAAGCGAUACGAAAAGCACAUCAAAUGCGCGCGAAAAUACAUUUUUGCUAUAAAAAGUAAUUUUAUAAAAAAAAUGUCUAUAAACAUUAUUUCACUUACUGCUAAUUCCUUUUUCAACUCUCUACUCAAAUAGACUGAUUUAAAGUAAUAUUAAAAACUAAAGAAAAAACGUAUUUCACUAAAAACGCGAAAUGCAAUAUUUUAAAUGUACGAAUUGUGUAAAAAACCCGCAUUAAAAUAUGUUAAUCAUGGAAAUUUUAACGGAAUGCAUAUGAAAAGCAAAAACAAUAACGACACGGUAGAGAAAAACAGUUUUCAAAAACGUUUUUCAAUUCGCCUACCACCGAAAUUGCGUGAAAUUUGCCACUGCCAAAAACGCCAACGCCAUAUUGCAUUACAAAAACAAAAAUAAUAAUAACAAAAACAACAAUAACGCUACUUAUACGUAUACAUAGGAAAUGCAUGUAAAUUUGCCAGCAAAGAAAAUCGAAUAUCAGAAAUGUAAGCAGUUAGCGGAGCUGAGUUAAAAGAUAAUUACGAAAAAAACAACGUUUACGCAACCCAGUAAACGUGCAAAAGCAUUUGUAAAAUAUAUUUCAUGUUUAUUUGUAGCAUUUAUUACGCCUAACUGUAUGUAGCGUUGCUAAAUAUAAAAAUAUGUGAAAAAUCAUAGCAAACACACUUUGUGAGUUUAAGAUGAAAAAUCAAAAUACUUAUGAAAUGAAAAAUUGCACUAAAAGAUUAAUUAUAAUUAAUUUAUAAAUUAUUGAAUGCCAACGAAUUAGCGCAAGCACAUAAUGUCCAACUGUAAAUACUGAAUUUUAGUUUUUUAAUUUAAUAGAAUAAUAUUUUAUUAUUUAAGCAAUUAUAAGCGCGAAAUUAUUUUGUUCAAAAAUGCAAAAUACCGCAAGUGAAAUUGAAUUAAAGUGCACUAAAAAGUUUUUUUUACGUUAAUGAGGAAAUAGUGUUGAAACGUGCAGUUGUGACCAAUAUUUUUUAACACAAUACUUGGAAGAAAAAUAUAUUUUAUUUUGAUAAUUAUUGGAAGAAUUAUUUGUAUGAUAAUUAAUGGAAGAAAAAUUUAUUUUUUACAUAAUAUUUGAAAGAAAGUUUGUUUUUGAAUAAUGUUUAGAAAAAAGUUUUUACAUAAUGACUAAAAAGUACAAAUUUUUCUAUUUCUCUACUUCCGAGACAACAAAAUUCAAGCGCAAUAUUUUGUUUAAAUUUUUUUUUGGAAAAUUUAUUAAUUUAAUGUUUUUACACAGCAGUUCUUACAAUAUUUGAACAGCUUAAAGGCAUAUUGAUUUUUUUUGAUAUAUUUUUCAAAAGAAAUUUACAAAAAAAAUAAUUUUUUGAAAUUCUUCCUGAAUUUUUUUUUUGUGGUAAUGAUGUUUGCCCAGAUCUAAAAAAAUUAAACUUGAUCUACUAAAACUUAGCCAGAAGUCUCGAAAAAAAACAAUUUGCAAUUUUUUAUGCAAUAUUAUAAUUAAUUAUAAUUUUUGUUUAUAACGCUAGAAGUUACUUCUCAACAUUUUUGAGCAAAGGUUGUAUUUAACCAAAAGUUUAAAAUUAAAGAUAUCCUCAACCAAAGUUGUUUCCAUAACAAAAAUUUUUCUAUUAUUUCCACAAAAUGUUUUAUUAUGAAAAUUUCCAAAAAUUAAUUGUUUUUAAGUAAUUAUAUUCCGUAUAAAAAAUAUUCAAAAAAUUAUGUUCAAUAUUGUGAAGAAAAAAAUUAUUUUCCAAAAAAUAAAAUUUUUUUGUUCUAUAUACAUACAUACAUAUUAUCAAAUUUGAAAAAAAUAUUCAAAAAAUUAUGUUCAAUAUUGUGAAGAAAAAAAUUAUUUUCCAAAAAACAAAAUAAUUUUUGUGCUAAAUAUUAUUAAAUUUGAACAUAUUUGAAAAUAUUUUUAAAAUUCAGCAGAAAAAGAAUUCUAUUUAAUAUUAAAAAAAGUUAAGUUCAAUAUUUUUGAAAAAAAAAAUUAUGUUAAAUUUUUGAAAAAACAAAAUUCUUUGAGCAUUAAUUCUCGAAAUUAAACUUUUUUCAAACAUGCUUAAAACUUUUUGAGUAAACAUUUUUUUUCCAAUAUUAAAAGAAGAUAAUAAUACUUUGUACCAUAUAAUUAUCAAACAUUUUAAAACUCCAUAUUUGUGCCACAAAAAUAUUUCUUCCAAAAGCAACAAAAAAUUCGCUUAAUUUGCUGCACAUUUUUCACUUGUCUGUCUAAACAUCGCUUCGUAAAUUUUCCAAAACCACGAACGUAUUUUGCAUUUGUUUGACGCUUUGUAAAUGCAAGAACAACAAAUAAAUAAUUAUAUUAUAAAUUAUUUAUUAAUUAAGCGCAUACAAGAAUUUCCUACUUAUUUUUAAUAAGUUUAUUUGUUUACAUUUAUAAAAAGUGUGUAAUAUUAGGUAUUUUUGUUUGAUUUUCGUAUCAUUUAUAUUUCUUGCUGCAAAGAAAUUGUACAUAGUUGCAUGUAGUCACGCAUUAUUUACUAUAAGUUAAAAUAAUUAUUAUUUUUUAUAAUUUGUGUAUUAAUGAAAAACAUUAUGCCAACAAGUAGUUGUGUAAGCGUAAGCAAAGUAAUUGUAUUGUAAUUUGCAAAGCAUUCAAAUUUAUUUAAAUACUAUUAAUAUUUAUGCAAGGAAGAAAAUAUUUAAAAUGUAUGUAUUAAAAGAAAUUGAUUGAAAAUUGCUAAAAAUGUGCGCAGACUUGAUUAUUUUAGGUUUAAAAAAAUUAAAAAUAUUUUUUGAGCCCAAAAAACUCAACAUCAGCCAUUUUUUCAAAACUCACAUUUAAAGUUUUGCGGCUAUUCUUAUUAGCCGCCGUCUUUUCAUUGAGCGAACUACUUUUCUAUUGCUUUAUUAUAUAAUAUUUUAAUUUAAGUUAAACAGACGAAAAGUUAAAACUGUGUAUUUUAUUUUAUACUUUAUCUUAUAAUGAUUAUACUGUAGCGAUUAAUUAUUGUUUUUAUUUAAAAAUGCUAAAUAAAAUGCGAAGAAGAAAUUAUUUACAAAAUCAAAUUUCAGUUUUUUUUAUUUCAAUUGGUUCCUUUUACCAGUUUUUUUUUGUAUUCAGAAUUUAUUUUUGUUUGUUUUCCGUACAUUAAGAAUAUUUUUUUAUAACAUGCUAUUUUUUUACACAAAAUAUGUAUCAUGAGCUAUUUUACAUUUGCAUAUGAACGUACGGCAUCCAUUUGUCAUCCUCGCAUGCAUUUUUCUCCCUUGCGCAUUUUCACCUCACAGCCAGCGAAACACCCACUCGUGCAUUGAGAUUUCUGUAAAUUUAAAAUUCAAUAUUGACAUGUUCACACCUACGCCUUAACAGGCGAACAGAAUCGUUAAUAUGUAGGUGUCCCCCUAAAAGUAUGCUACACAUUUAUCGCUCAGCGAUUUUCUUCACCUGGUGUGUGGCGUCUCACACACUAACAAUGGCUGCGCAAACCUUAACAAAUGUUUUGCUGCUGCCUUGCAUUCAUGAUCACCUGGCAGUUGGGUAGGUGAAUAAUUUCACAAAAUUUUCUUGCGCCGACGUCGGCUGCGCAGCAUUAAUGUAUGAAAGCGUAUGCUUGGAAAUUGAAAGGGGCUGCCUUUGCUUACAUUUAGAAAAAGGAUUUUUUAAUUUUGGUGCAAUUUUGAGCACGAGAUAUUUAAUAAAGUUCUUUUAUACAUUUUUAAAAUUAAAAAUAAAAUAUAACUGUACGUAGUUCUCGAGACCUAACUGUCCCUUUGCUGGAUAAAGAAAAUAGUAAAAAAUGGAUGGAUAUCAAAUGAAAGUUAUGGGCCACGUCUUUAAUUUAGAACUAAUUUUGAAAGCGGUUAAAAAAAUCAAUUUUAGUCUUGAAAAUAAAUAUCGAAAAUUUCAUAAAAUUUAGCUGCUUACUUAAAUUUUAAUUUCCAAGUUUUAUUCUUACAACUUAUUAUUUCAGUUAAUAUUAAAUAAUAUAGAUACUGUAUUGAUUUUUAACAUAUUUCUAAAAUCUUAUAUUUAAAGAUAUUUAUUUAUAAACGAUCUGUAUAAAUCACUUGACUUUUUCAAUAUUUGAUUUCAAUAUUUUAUUUUUUCACACAAAUGCAAAUAAUUCAUACGUAUCAUCAGAACUGCAGCUCUCCACUUCUUUGGUAAGCUUAAUGUAAAAUAAAUAGAAGGACAAAUAUUUGAUUAGCCAAUUUUUAUAUGAUAAAAGUAAAGAAACAGUAAAAUAUGUAAAAAUAUACUAACGAAAAACAGUAAAAUAUUGUAGAAGUUGACAUGCGAAGCAGUGAAAAUAGUUUUGCUACAUAUAAAAACGAGUAUAAGUAUUAAUUAGACCUACUAGAUACUCUUCAAUGUGCAUAGACUUACUUAAACUCACUUGAACAAAGCAGAUAUAACCCUCCUCUUAUAAUCAAAAGUUAAAAAAGGAAUAAUAUAAAAUCGUACAUUUGUAUUUAUAUUACUCCCAAUAAGUGUGUAGCAGUAGUAGUAAAAAUAAUGUAGCGUAAAGUUUAAUUGUUUAUUAUUAUGCAUUAAGAAGAAAAUGCAUUUAUUUGUAAAUCACUGAUUAGAAUACCUUAGGCAUUAUAAAAAUUUGUUAUGAUAAACUUCAUACCAAAAAAUAGCUUAAUGCUUAGAGGUGGUAAAACAUUUAAAAAUAUAUUGUUAUAUUUUGAAAAAUUUAACAAUUUUACGUAACGAAAUCGAAAGCUCUAAAAGUCAAAUUUGCAUACUUUUUUUUAAAGGCAAUCCUUUUUAUGAAAACUUUCAAAGCGCUGAAAUAAUGAAAGCAUGAUAGCACGCAUUUAUGGCAGUGCUGUAAAUCUGAUUUUCGAGUUCUUCCAUAUUUACAAGAAGAAAAAUUACUUACAAAAUUUUUACAUUCCACACAUAGUAUAAGAAAACUCCAAAUGUUAUUAAAAUCGCUCGAUGAAUUUAUGUGAACAAUUAUGAAAGCUUUCUCCACGCGUACUUUUAUUACUUUCUUAUUCUGGUAUGUCAGAAAUAAUUUCGAAAUAUUUAGUCUAUUUCAGAUUCUGAAUAUACCUUAAGCCUCCCUUCGCGCUUUUUAACCAGACGAAAGCAAUGGAUUUUUAAAAAAUCUUUACACUACAAGAUAGGUUUAUAAAAGUAUAAUAUUUCAUACUUCAUUAAUGAAAGCUUUUAAUGACUUUCUUGCAUGGAAGCUUGCACUUAGUCAGUUAGUUUUUCUUGGACAAGGUAAGCUCUCCCUAUCUAUUCAUUAAUGAAAGCUUUUACUGACUUUCUUGCAUGGAAGCUUGCAUUUUACACAGUUUUUCUUGAACAAGGUAAGCUCUCAGUUUUCUAUUCAUUAAUGAAAGUACAAUAUUAUAACUCAGAAACUUAGAACGACAUUUCUUUACAUACCACAAGAUACAUUUAUAAAAAUAUAAUAUUUUAACACUUCAUUAAAGCUUUUACUGACUUGACUUGCAUUAAAGCUUUCACUUAGCUAUUCAUUAAUGAAAGUACAAUAUUUUAACCCAGAAGCUUCGAACGACAUUUCUGUUACCUUACACGCCUAAGCUAUUAUUAAAGUUUCGAGUUCACAAAAGCUUUCUCUUAAUUCAGUUCUUAUUUACAAUGCCUUUAUAUAAUCUUCAAAUAAAAAAAUUGAAAGAUUUCUUUCUACUUUGAAACUUUUUUAUAAAUGUGUAGAAUUGUAAUCUACGAAUUUCGAACCAUCUUUCAUUGGAGCUUUUACAUAUAUUAACAUUAAAAUAUGAAAGCUUUCAACCAAAUGCGUUGAACCACAUUUCACUGAAGCUUUCGUUGCAUUUAUUAAUAUUAAUUAAUAUAAGUUUUCAAAAAUCUCUACACUUAUAAAGCUGUAAACUGAAUUUCAUUCGAGCUUUCACUAUAUUCAUACUAAAGUUUGGAGCUAUGUACUUUUUCUUAGGCUUUUACUAUAUUAAUUUUAAAGUUUCUUACUACUCUUUUCUGGAAUACUUCACUUCAUUUACUUCUCUACUUUAUUCCAUAUUGAAAUAAUUAAAAAUAAUAUUCUAGCUAACAAUUAUUUUUUUGUGUUUCACUUGAGCGUAAGCCCAAAACUUGCUGUAUAAAAAGCCAAUCGUUCAAUAUAUAUGUACAUCUGAUGAUAAGCUUAUUUAAGUUACAACUGUACAUACUUACAAUUAAUUUAUUUAAUUAAAUACUUAAGCAAAACUUAAUGCAUAAGCUUUGAUAAAUCGCAACAAAUAUACGUAAUUGAAAAGACGCUGUUUAUGUAAAACGUAACAAACCAAAUAUAAGAAUUACAAAACUUAGAAGCUAAGCAAAAUGUAAGAUUAGAAAGCAGGUAAAUUGUGUAUGAAAAUAUUGCAAUACUACACUUACGCAAAAAAGUAAACAUACGUAAUAUAUUUAUAAGUAAUUUUAAAGUAUUUAUGCUGUUUUAAAAAACCGAUUAACUUAAGAGAAAAUGUUUUGAAAUGUAUACAAGCUGGUUAGAAAGUUUAUAUAAGUGGGCAGUGGAGUAGACACAAAAGAGGGAGCAACUGUAAAUUCUUAGUUAUUGCAUAACCGUUUGCGCGCUAAAAAGGGAAUAUGUCAUCUUUGAGAUGUGAUUGACAAACAAUUUGACAAGCAAAUUGCAAGAAAUUCAUAAUUGAAAGCAAAGAAAGAGAGCGAGAGAGAGGGAAAAAACAAUAUAUGUUAUAAAUGCGAGAGAAGCCCCUAACAAUUAAUGUAUUGAAAUAUGCUUACUUGCAGCAAAAACUAAUCACUGUAAAGAAAAGCAAAUAUUUUAGCGAAGCGAAUGACAAAACAAAGCGAAAGAAGAGUAAUUAAAGCAUCUGGUUUCGCAGAUUUUAAGCAUUUACAUUCAAUUCAAACAUGUAUACGAUUUAGCAACUUUUUAUUUCUGUUUUUAAGCAAAAAAUUAAUGAAAUAUUUAUAUAAGUAUAUAUAUAAUAUUUAGUAUGAGUAAAACCAAAAAAAAUCAAUGUGAGACAAAAGUAUAUUAAAUAAAAUAAAUUCGUUUAAUAGCAUGUAAUGAGAAAA